UUUUCGUAACGCGUUUGAAAGUUGAAUUUGAUUUGAGUGCGUUUUGUAUUGCUACUUGAUUUUUUAAAUAGAAAAAUGUUUGAUAAAGUUUUCCGACGUGCUCUAAAGUUUCGAAUAAGGAAGAGUUAUCCUACAAAUAUAUACGACUUGUCUAGAGGUGCAGCUAUAGCCGUAAGAAGGCCGUAUAGUGAUGAAGUGAAACGCGCGCAAUCGGCCGAUUCUUCUACUGGUACUAUAUUUGACAAAAUAAUAUCCAAAGAGCUCAAAGCAGACAUAAUAUACGAGGAUGACCUUUGCCUGGCGUUCAACGAUAUAGCCCCGCAGGCUCCGGUACAUUUUCUCGUCAUACCGAAGAGAAAAAUCACGACUUUGCAAGACAGCGAAACCAAUGAUAAGGAGCUUCUGGGUCACCUGAUGCUGGUUGCACGUUCUCUUGGGGCAGCACGCGCUCCGCAGGGUUGGCGCUUGGUGGUGAAUAAUGGUGUACACGGCGCUCAGAGUGUAUAUCAUCUGCACCUGCAUGUUUUGGGAGGAAGACAAUUGAAAUGGCCACCAGGCUAGGGACACUAAGGUUAUUUGGGGAAGCUGGAGAACAAGGUUCUAUUAAUUAAUAUCAGGGUUAGAGUUUUAGAAUUAAAUUCAAGUUCAGAGCAUAAAAAGCGUUUGUCUCAACAGAGGUAUUUUAUGCGUUCCCUAUUUUUAUAUCCUGCAGUCUGUUGUAAAAACUUGUGUGUCAAAAAAAUUAAUUGCGUUGGCAAAGCAUGGCAAAUAUAUAAAAAUCGCUCAGAAUCCCUUUGAUAUACAAACAGUUAAAUACUAAAUCCCUCAAUUUACCAUCCGUAUGAAUAAACGGAAACUCGAAAGUUAUUUAUGUUUUUGGGCUAUGACUGAACCACUUGGGUUUAGCUCGUCACUAAUAAAUAAACGAAGGCGUGGCAACUAUUUCUUCAGAUUUUGAGGGGGCUCUGAUGUUAUAUAUAUAUAUAUAUAACCCUGAUAUAUAUCUAUGUUAUAUAUAUUUGACUAUUUGAGACAUAUUGAAUGCUUUAGAAAUAUAGUAAUGGAAUA